CUCGACAACAACAACAACUAUCUGACAUAGUAAUGUUGUCGACAAAGAUACCAUAUCAUCCUCUCAGCAAGGCUUAUAUAGUAUCCCGAGCUCGAACAUCCGUCUGUCGCUAUCCUUCAAUCUCACCGACUGCCCUAUACUCCACCAUGCCUCUAUCUAAGGACCAUUCUUCCAAGUUCUCCCACCUCCCUCUUACCACCUCCGGCCCUCAAGACUGUGCUGUUAGUGGAGCAGCUCUUCUCAACACUCCCUAUUUCAACAAGGGCUCUGCCUUUUCGGCUGAAGAACGUGUGGAAUUUAACCUCACUGGCCUAUUGCCGCAUAAUGUGCAAACAUUGGAGCAGCAGGUACAGAGAGCGUAUGAGCAGUAUUCCGAGCAGCACGACGACUUGGCAAAGAAUACGUUUAUGACGAGUAUGAGAGACCAGAAUGAGGUGCUUUUCUAUCGGGUAUGUCUUGGUUCCAUAAUGUCACAACACAUUAGAAUCACAUGAUAUCUCCUACGAAGCAAAUCUAACAUUCUCAAGCUCAUUCAAGAUCACAUCAAAGAAAUGUAUCCAAUAAUUUACACUCCCACUGAAGGCAAGGCAAUCCAGAAUUUCUCCCGCAUCUUUCGCCGUCCUGAAGGUUGUUUCCUCAAUAUCGGUGAUAUCGACCGUGUCUACCACGAUCUCGCACAAUGGGGCGAGCCACAAGACAUUGACUACAUUGUCGUUACCGACGGCGAAGAGAUCCUUGGUAUUGGUGACCAAGGCACAGGGGGGAUUCUGAUCUCUAUCGCCAAGCUGGUUCUAACUACGCUCUGUGCGGGUAUCCAUGCAAACCGCACAUUGGCUGUGGGACUGGACUGCGGAACUGAUAACGAGAAGCUUCGCAAUAAUGACUUAUACCUCGGGUUGAAACACCCCAGGGUCAGGGGCGAGAAGUAUGAGGAUUUUAUUGAGACCUUCGUUCAAUCUGCGAGGAAGCUCUAUCCGAAAGCAUACAUACAUUUUGAAGAUUUUGGCUUGCCAAAUGCACGGAGAAUAUUAGACAAGUACCGCCCGACAAUGGCUUGUUUCAAUGACGAUGUGCAAGGCACCGGCUGCGUCACCUUGGCUGCCAUUAUGGCAGGAUUACACGUCUCAAAGACCAACUUAGAAGAUGUGAAAGUUGUAAUUUUUGGUGCCGGAACCGCAGGAACGGGUGUCGCUGACCAAAUCCGAGAUGCCAUUGCAACUGAGAGCGGAAAAUCCAAAGAAGAAGCCGCCAAGCAUAUAUGGUGCGUGGAUAAACCAGGCCUCCUUUUAAAGCGCCACGGUGACAAGCUCAACCCCGCGCAAAAUCCCUACGCGCGCGACGACUCAGAAUGGGAUGGCGACAAAGACAUUGACCUCCUCUCCGUAAUCAAGACCGUGAAGCCCCACGUCCUCAUCGGCACCUCCACAAAACCCGGUAGCUUCACCGAAGAGAUCGUUAAAGAAAUGGCCUCCCAUGUGUCACGCCCCAUCAUCUUCCCCCUCUCCAACCCUACGUCCCUCCAUGAAGCCAACCCCGCCGACCUCAACUCUUGGACCGAUGGCAAAGUCCUCUUGGCGACUGGCUCGCCCUUCCCUCCUGUGACGCACAACGGCACCACUCGCGAUGUGGCAGAGUGCAACAACGCGCUUGUCUUCCCCGGCAUCGGACUAGGUGCCGUGCUCAGCCGUGCGCGCCUGCUGAGCGAUAAGAUGCUUGUGGCAGCCGUGAAGGCACUCAGCGCGCAAUCUCCUGCGCUGAAAGACCCCGCACGUCCGCUGCUACCGGAUGUGGAGGAUGUGAGGGAGGUUAGCGUUCAGAUUGCGAAAGCGGUGGUGAGGCAGGCGGUUGAGGAGGGGUUGGCGACGCAGGAGGGCAUUCCGGAGGAUGAGGGGGAGCUUGAUGAGUGGAUUCGAGUGCAGAUGUGGGAGCCGGUGUAUAGGCCGCUGAGAAAGGUGUCGAAAGAGGUUGCAAGUAGAGAUGCGAGUGGGGAGAUGGGUAUUGCUGGGUCAGCCGCGCAGGACUGAGAGGUAUAUGUUUCAUUUCAAUUCACUAACGGCCUUUCAUAUUCACCUACAGCGUUCCAACUUGGACUUUGUCUGAAUCUAUCACAUAUAUCAGAAGUUAAAUACCAUUUUGUGGGCGAGACUGUUACCCAAUAUUAUAUCAGCACAGUUACCCAAUAAUUACGUCCUACUCGCAGCAGCUGUUAUGUCCAAGGAGCUAAUUAAUAGCUAAAGUUUGACGUCAAUCCGCUAGCCCAAAGUCCGCGCCCUUUCCCCAAAACUCUAAAUCAAGCGGCGGCAGGUGCAACCCAGAACCUGGCAGGCACAAAUCAUCAUCUAGGACACUCUGUGGCAUAACUUGUUCUUUGGGGCUCAAAAUACACGUGCUACACAUCUAAAGGGCGUCGAACAGUUGUGUUCAAAGCAAAAAUGAUAACCCGAUGAACUCAGUGAGCGCGCUGACGAAGCUAUUGGCGUGGAACGACAAGACCACUUUCCCCUGGUUCGACAUUUAGCUUCACACUAAACGGUCUAAUUAUCAUUGUGCCUCUACCGGUGCCAAUUAGCACCCUCUAGCUCUCAAAUAAUAACCGCGAAAUGGUGCUGACUCUAUGAAACCCUUACUGACAUCUCCGGCUGCUGUGGUGAGCUGACAGAGAUAGCUCAGUCACUUUGGAAAUCACCGCCCACAAAAUGAAGCCGUUCUCACCUCCAGUGUCUGUUUUCUUUACCUUUGCAUUCUCGUCCAAUAUCAUAUACACUGAGCGACAACCGCGCCUCGCCUUCUGGUCGUGCCAGAGUUCGCAUACUGUAAGGACUGAUACGGUAUCAAGAUCGCCAAAGUAAAAACAAUACAAACCUGGUCCUUGCGUUGGCCCCAAUAGCCGUGUAUCCUCACUGCAGAAAGCUGCCCGUUACCCGGUCCGCAAAAAUGCCUAUCCCAACCGCCUACC